AUGGCCUCAAAGCCUGGACCUCUCAGUCGCUGGCCAUGGCAAGAUCUUGGAAACUACAAGUACGCGCUGGUGGCUCCAUGGGCGGUUCGCAGCACGUACAGGUUCGUGACGAGCGGGAGCGGGGAGCGUGACCUGCUCGCCUUCGCCGUGCUGCCGGUGCUCCUCCUCCGCCUCCUCUACAGCCAGCUCUGGAUCACCGUGUCCCGCCACCAGACGGCCCGGAGCAGGCACCGAAUCGUCGACAAGAGCCUCGACUUCGACCAGGUCGACAGGGAGAGGAACUGGGACGACCAGAUCCUGCUGACGGCGCUGCUCUUCUACGUGGUGAACGCGGCGGUGCCGGCGGCGCAGUCUGUGCCGUGGUGGAACUCCAAGGGGCUGGUAAUGGCUGCCCUCCUCCACGCCGGCCCCGUGGAGUUCUUGUACUACUGGCUCCACCGCGCCCUGCACCACCACUUCCUCUACGCCCGGUACCACUCGCACCACCACGCCUCCAUCGUCACCGAGCCCAUCACAUCGGUGAUCCAUCCGUUCGCGGAGGAGGUGGUGUACUUCACCCUGUUCGCCAUCCCGCUGCUCACCAUGGUGGGCACCGGCACCGCCUCCGUGGCCGUGACUAACGGCUACCUCAUCUACAUCGACUUCAUGAACUACCUCGGCCACUGCAACUUCGAGCUCGUGCCUAAGCUCCUCUUCGACGUCUUCCCCCCGCUCCGGUACCUCGUGUACACGCCGUCGUUCCACUCGCUGCACCACACGCAGUUCCGCACCAACUACUCGCUCUUCAUGCCGCUCUACGACCACCUCUACGGCACCGCCGACAAGUCCAGCGACGAGCUCUACGAGCGCGCGCUGCAAUGCCGGGAGGAGGCGCCCGACGUCGUCCACCUCACGCACCUCACCACGCCGGCGUCCCUCGUCCGCCUCCGCCUCGGCUUCGCGUCCCUCGCCGCCGCGCCGGCGCCGCUCGCGUCCCGCUACUGCACCAGCCUCCUGGCGGCACCGGCGCGCCCGCUGGCCGCGCUCGUCGCCGCGCUCGUCGGCCGGACCACCGCCUUCAGGUCUGAGGCCAACAGGCUCCACAAGCUCAACCUCGAGACGUGGGUCGUUCCAACAUACACCUCUCAGUAUCAGUCCAAGCAAGGUCUGUACGCAGUGGGGCGUCUGGUGGAGAAGGCGGUGGCAGACGCGGAGGCAAGUGGCGCCAGAGUCCUCACGCUGGGUCUACUGAACCAGGCAAACGAGCUGAACAAGAACGGCGAGCUCUACGUCAUCAGGAAACCUGACCUGAGGACCAAGAUCGUCGAUGGGACCAGCCUGGUCGCCGCCGCCGUGCUCCACAUGAUCCCUCGGGGCACCACCGACGUGCUCCUCCUGGGAGACGCCGGCGGCAAGAUGGCGGCCGUUCUGGCUUCGGCGCUCUGCCAACGAGAGAUCCAGGUUCAGAUGGUCGACAAGGACCUGUACGAGUCUCUGAAGCAGGAGCUGCGCCCAGAGACGCACGAGCAUCUUGUUCUCCUUUCUGGCUGGAGUCACUGCAGCAGCAAGGUGUGGCUCGUCGGCGACAAGCUGACGGGCGAGGAGCAGAGGAGAGCCCAGGCCGGCGUUCACUUCGUGCCAUACUCGCAGUUCCCUCCCGACGCCGUCCGCGGCGACUGCGUCUACCACAGCACCCCGGCGCUGCUGGUUCCGGACGCCUUCGAGAACCUCCAUGCCUGCGAGAACUGGCUGCCGCGGAGGGUGAUGAGCGCGUGGCGCGCGGCGGGCAUCGUGCACGCGCUCCAGGGCUGGGACGACCACGAGUGCGGCGCCAGGGUCACCGGCGUCGACAAAGCAUGGCGCGCCGCGCUCGCACACGGCUUCCGCCCCUACGACCGCCAUGACGCCAAGUGA